AUGUUUUCCCUGCACAACUCGAGAGCCUAUCUUUUAAUAUUAUCUGCAGUCUGUGCCCUUACUAGCUCCAUUCAUUCCCAGCCAACCUACAAUGACCACAUUUGUUUAGAUCAAUCGAAUGAAACCUCCAACACCAAUUACCAAUCCAAUCUCACGGUGCUGUUGAAGUCUUUAUCAUCCAAAGCUUCCCAAAACUACAGCUUCUACAACGAAAGCUCAAGUAUAGGCAUCUACGCCCUCUUCCUCUGCAGAGGUGAUGUUUCUAAUAGUACCUGCCAAAGCUGUGUAAGCUACGCCACCCGAAAUAUCACAACUCAAUGUCCAUCUAACAAAACUGCUAUCAUAUGGUUCGAUCAGUGCAUGUUACGCUACUCCGAUCUUAAUUUCUUUGGACAGACGCAGAUAUCGCCAAUGUCGCUCAUGUAUAAUACCCAGAAUACUACUUCACCCGAACUAACUAAUUUUUACGCACUCGGUCUAUUGUACGAUCUAAUAGAUCGUGCCAAGGUAACUGAUAUGCUGUUCAAGAGUGAUAGUCAGACAGUGCAGUUGAGUGAUGGGUCCAAGAUAAGUUAUGGGUUGGUGCAGUGUACAAGAGAUAUCGAUGGUCCUUCGUGCGGCCAGUGCUUAAGCUACUUGAUGGAUACAGCCGAGACAUGUUGCCAAGCCAAGAUAGGGUGGCGCAUUUUAGGCCCAAGUUGCUUUCUGAGGUAUGAGAACUACUCUUUCACCGAGCAAUCACCAGCAAAGCCACUGCCGCUGCCACCAGCCCAAUCUAUGCCUGCAGCAACACUGCCGCCGACUGUUAAUGGUAAGACAUGUAUAUUUGGUAUUUUCAUAGAAAUCCUCCCCGUUUGGUGCACAGGAUUCGAAUUGGAAUUAAAAAUUAGCGGAGGUCUUUUAUAA